AUGUCCACAGAUGAGCAGGAGCGCCGAGUGACAACCCCGGACAAGCUGCAGCCAGACCCACGUCCAGAAAGGGAGGGCAAAAUCCUUCGCCACACAGGUCACACAUACAGGCCUGCAACAUCCCCCCGUGGACAAGAAUGUCACACCAAUGGGGUGGAUAAUGAUGUUCACACUUUCAUAGAUUUCAUUUUGAUGAAGCAGCAUCUGUUCAUACUCCCGUUUUUCAUAGGAUUCGUCUCUCUCGUCCUGUCUGCGCCUCAUUAUUACUUUCUGAUCUGGCAGGGGAAAACUUGGGGUGAAGCUCAGGGUUUCUGUAGAGCUAAAUACACUGAUCUGGCUGCCAUCAAUACCGGUGAUCACAUGCUUAAUUUUCAGAAUGAAGUACAGAUACAAAAAUUCAGUUCCAGUGCUUGGAUUGGACUGUACGAUGACAUGUGGUGGCACUGGUCCAUGGGAGGUCAAUUAGUACCACAGGGUACAGAACUGUGGGCACCAGGACAGCCUGACAACAUGGGGGGAAAUGAAACAUGUGGUGCAUUAAAUAGAAGUGCUUGGAGUGAUCAGCAAUGCAACCUCUCAUACGCCUUUGUGUGCUUUGAUAGUACUAAAAUUGGUGAUCAAAUGUAUAUUUACAUCUCUCAAAACAAGUCAUGGUGGGAAGCUCAGUCUUACUGCAUAACACAUCAUACUGAUCUGGCCAGUGCUAGAACUGCAACAGAAAACUCAAUUAUAGCAAGUCUGAACCCUGGCUUGGUUUGGAUUGGUCUGUACAGAGAUGGCUGGAGGUUUACAGAUGGUACCAGUGUCUCUAACAUCAGUUGGAUGUCUGGAAAACCUGAUAAUGCUUUGGGGAAGCAAGACUGUGCUUAUAUAAAUAAUGGUCAGGCUGUUGAUGCACAGUGCUCAGACAUAAUGCCUUUCUUCUGUUACUCAAUAAUACAAAGAAAAAUCAUUAAAGUGAAGGUUCAGUCAAGUCAGAAUGUGAAUGAUCCUGCACUAAAGGAGGCCAUGUUGAAGAAGAUAAAGCAGAAACUAAUCGAUCAGGGGAUGCAAGAGACCAUCAUAGUGAAAUGGAAAACACAACCAGAUGGAAAUGUGUUUUGUUCCUUCACAAGAUCGCCCCAGUCCCACACCUGUGGAUGUGUUUUAGAAGUUCCAAACAAUUACACUUCCUACCCUGAGCUUGCAGAGGAGUUCAUACAGUAA